GCAAAUAGAAGCUUGCAGUUGUGCAGUGCACACACACUUCUUUCCAGAAGGGAGAGAGCAGUGCUCAGUCUACUGACAGACAAGCCAGCAGAUCGACAAGAAGUCAGGACAUAUUCUCACAGCAGUAGCAGACGGUAACACCACGAGUGGGUCUUCUGAAGCCCACUUUCACUCUCCUGGGUGCGUGAUUGCUCCUGAAUGCACAUUCAAGCUCCUCUACUGCUGGCAUUGAAGACCUGCAGAUGCACUCAACCACAGGCUUGCUUUUCAACCCAGCAUCUGUCUCAACACUCACACCAGAGCUGUACCCACGGGAAGAGGAUACACAUGUUUUAUUGACAGAGCUACAGGUGGUUUGAGUUUGAGCUGCUGUUGGACUGGAAGGGUUUUUUUCCUUUGUGGUGAGCUGUGGCAUAUUUGGAGCCAGUAUGUUGCCUAUUGUUGUCGCAUGUGUGGUAUUCAUCCUGCUGGGCUCAGGGCAUGCUCAGGUUGCCACACAGACUCGGGGGCAGAGCCAGAGUCAGGGACAGGGGCAGAGCCAGAGUCAGGGGCAGGGGCAGGGGCAGGACAGCUCUGCCACCCCUUGGAGGCAGGUGAUUCAGUGGGAGAACAAUGGCCGGGUGUUUAGUCUGCUGAACAGUGGAGCUGAAUAUGUUCCUGCAGGGACGGGGGCCCAGGACAGAGGUCCCAGGGUGGUUGUGGCAGAUACUCGUUCACGCUCUUCCCGCAGACCUCAGGGAGGCAACGUCCGCAGACAGGCUCCAUCAAGAGGAUCCUCUGAAACUGUCCGUGGGCAGGCAAGGCAUCCUUUCGGCUUUGGGCAGGUGCCUGAUAACUGGAGACAAACCACAGGCAGCACAGGCAGUAGCCAGUUCCAGGGAUCCUCUACCAGCCGCUUCCACCCAUCCACAGGCUCGUCAUCUUCAUCAUCAUCCUCAUCCUUUUCUUCAUCUUCAUAUAAUGUACCAGCCUACCCACAGUUCCCAUUUCCCCAACAGCCUCAAUUCCAACCACUACCUUAUGACCCUAGUUUUGUGGAAGCACCGGUCAGGAGCUACGAGCCUCCCUUUCAGCCUGUCCUCGGCGGAGGGUACGGCGGCGGAGGGUAUGGUGUUGGACGGGUGUAUACGGGAGGUGGAUAUGUAGGUGGUGUGGCCCCAGUGCUCCCAGUGCUCCCAGGCUCUCCUUCUGACUUCACUGAUGAAGGCUAUCGUUACUACCAGUCCUAUGGCUACGGGCCCAAUCCAGUGGUGCCUGCCCGUGCCGCCCAGCCGCCACUUACAGAUGGUUUGGACCACAGGUACACCCACAGCCUCUUCAAUGAGGAGUCUGCUCCUGCAGCCCCCGUCGCCAAUGCCAAUCCAGCCCCUCCCAUAAUAGUGGAUAGAUCAGGAGCUGCAGGUCAAGCACCAGUCAGAAGCCCUCAGUAUGAGCAAUUUCCACCUUUUGGAAGGCCCCAGCCUCCCUUCUUGCAGCCCGUUCCCCCAGGCAGGAGUUCUCCAAACUCUGCCCUUGAGAAUCCUGGUCUGAAUGCUGGGAGUGUGUACCGACCAGAACAGAGAGGUUUGCCUGACCUGGUUCCUGAUCCCAACUAUGUCCAGGCAUCCACAUAUAUCCAGAGAGCCCACAUGUAUUCUCUCCGCUGUGCUGCUGAGGAAAAGUGUCUGUCAAGCUCUGCCUAUGGCGCUGAGGCCAGCGACUAUGAUGUAAGGGUCCUGCUGCGAUUCCCACAGAGGGUGAAGAACAAGGGCACGGCCGACUUCAUGCCUAACAGGCCACGUCAUACCUGGGAAUGGCACAGCUGUCAUCAGCAUUACCACAGUAUGGAUGAGUUCAGCCACUAUGAUUUACUCGAGGUCAGCACCGGCCGUAAAGUGGCAGAGGGACACAAGGCUAGCUUCUGUCUGGAGGACACCACCUGCGAUUUUGGUCAUCUGAAGCGUUACGCCUGCACCGCUCACACUCAGGGUCUGAGCCCCGGGUGCUACGAUACCUACAAUGCUGAUAUUGACUGCCAGUGGAUCGAUAUCACCGACAUCAAACCUGGAAACUACAUACUAAAGCUCCAGGUUAAUCCCAAGUUCUUGGUGCUGGAGUCAGAUUUUACCAACAAUGUGGUCAGGUGUAACAUUCACUACACAGGACGCUUUGUUACAACAACCAACUGCAAGAUAGCACAGUCUUGAUCAGGCACUGGAACUGGGACUGCCACAUUAGAGUGACCCUGAUCGCUAUUCCAUUGAAAUGUGAAUGGAAUCCAUUUGUUGUUGGUUCAUUGUUGGUGUUGUUUGUCUCUACUUUUUUUGUGCUGUUCUGGGAUUCGGGGUCCACAGCAAUCAAGGGUUCCACAGGCACUGAGAAUGUGGUUUUUUUCAGUGAACAUGCACGCACACACACACCAUUGCAUAAUGCUCAUUGCACGUCAAUAUUCCAAUAAUGAACCAACAGGUCACAUCCCUGCAAUUUACAUUGUAAUACUGUCCUGCCAACUACGUAUUUGAUAUUGUCUGGUUUGUUUACUGUAUAUCUACACACACAUACACACACACAGAGUGGCAUUGUUUGAAUUAUAAAUAGCGUGAAAUGGUGCCUGUGCAGAGAAGAGUGGUACCAGACGAGUCAGGGUUCAGCUGCAAUCCAACAAAUAAAAUUAGGGGACAAGGUCUUCCCAGGUGCAUUCAUCCAUGCAGUGUGGGGACAGACAGAGAUGCCCAGUGACUCAGAAGAACUGUAAUGUGUUAGUUUUUUUCCCCCCUCGCUCUCUCUCUCUCUCUCUCUUCACUGCCUCAGUGGGUCAGGCUGGGAUACUGUGAUUCUCUGGGCGCAUCCUGUUUAAUGUUGUGUUAACAGCAAGAAGAAGACAGCAGGUCAUAUUUGAAUUUGUCAACAUCAAAUUGUAAUUCAACAGAGGGACAGACUGUCAGCACUGGAUGCUGUACUCCGCUAAAUCCUUGCAUAUUCACGUUGUGUCCCCAUUCUUCCUUUCUUAUUUCAGUAAAACAGGAACAGGAAGCUCAGCUGGCAGAAAAGGGUGCUUUCCAGAUAACAAGACUCUCAGUGUAUAAGUAAGCUGUGUGCUUAUACUGUCUUGUGGUGUCUUCUUCAACUACCAACACUGGUCAGGUGGCACAUUGGUCAUCUCUACCUUUUGAAGAAUGUAUAUACAAAUAUUCCACUGAUGCAUGACUCUAAUGAUGGAGAUUAUUUUUGUUGUAACUGAUUGUACUUUGUUUAUCCAUUUUGAAAUGUUACUGUAAUUGUGAAAUGCAAUGAAUUUCUAUAUAUUUUUCUUGAUAAUCAGAUAGUAUGUGUUGUUGGAAAAAACACUACUGCCAAAAUUUAGCAUUAUAAUGCAGAGUGCAAGAAAGCCGUCCUACC